AAAAAGUUGUAGCUAAUUUUAAGGAUACAUACUCUGUAUAUACGAUGAAGACUCUAUAUGGAUCAAUCAAAAGAGUCAAACUCGAAGCAAAGACUGUUUCAAAGAGUUCGCCUCUCCACCUGAAAAGCUCCUACGAAUUCAGGCAUUUGCUAGCUGAUUGGUCGAACAGUGACGAGUUUAGCAGCGACGAUGAGAUGGGUUCUGAAGAGCGAACACAACUAACAGGAGCCUCUAAAGAAACAACAACUGUGUGUAAAGCUUACUUUAAUCUGACGGUGUGUGUGGUGGCGUCUGCACUGCUCAGUAUACCUUUCGGCUUCGAUAAAACAGGAUGGUUGGGUGGUAUUCCACUUCUAGCCUGUGUAGGAUUACUAGUGGACUACACUUCUCUUUGUCUGGGUGAAACCUGUAUGAAGCUGGACGUCUAUGAUUAUCAGGAAAUUUGCGAGAUAAGUUUUGGAAAGUUUGGACGAUACAUUCAGGCGACCACCCAACUUUCUUUAAGUCUCAGCCUCAUGAUUUCUUACCAAAUUAUAUCCGCCGAUAAUUUGAUGGGUAUUUUAAGGACGGACUGGGUUAAAAAUGCCCUGAUUUCAAGUAUCCCCCUAAACACUGUACUAGUGUUACUUCUAACAACUGUUGUUAUCCUACCUUUAUCUUCAUUCGCUACACUCAAGAUGCUGGGAUAUUCCUCUAUGAUAUCAAUAGUUUCUAUCCUGAUCUUGGCUCUAUCUCUCGUCUACUUCGACAUCACCAGAGAACCAAUCAAUACCAUAGAUAGGUUCGGAGGGGAGGUAUUGACUGGUUUGGGGGUGUUUGCGACGGGGUUCGUUUGUCAUCAGAUCAUUACACCCACCCUUCAGAGUCUACCGGGGGACAAUGUGAUCGCGAAGAAAGGGAACUAUCACAAGGUGGUCCAUCUUGCUAUCUCAACAUCCUUCAUUUUCUUUUUAUUAGUCGGAUUGACUGGCUACUAUCUGUGUCAUGAUGCGGAGGGAGUAAGGAACUGUCCUGGAAACAUAUUGUCAUGGAAUAACCCUGACGUCGGCUCCAUUGCAGGGAAUUGUUAUGGGAAGAUUGCUAUGGGGAUGUUUUUGAUAACAGCUUUGGUAGCUUACCCGCUGGAACAUUUCUCCUGUUAUAACACAAUUUGCAGACUUCUCUACGGUGAAUGGGGACAGCCGUCAAAAUUAUUGGGAUUAACGAUAAAGUUAAUGCUAGUGGUGAGCACCACCGUACCAGCCAUAUAUCUCGAUAAUAUUGGCCCACUUCUGGCUUGGGCAGGUAACCUAGCAGCAUUUCCUCUGGGAUUCAUCAUUCCUCUCUCCCUCGCGCUUAAAAACAGAUCUGUCGGAGGUCAGACCUCUCUUUUUCAGACACUUCUCAGAUCGGCACUUUUAGUGGUCUCUAUUAUUUUAAUGAUUUUACAAACUUUUCAGAAUUGUUCUUCUUUUGAAUUGCUAUAACAUAUGGAAAUUUUAAACUAAAAUCGGUAAGAUUAUUACUGAUUGCUUUUUUAAAUAUUACAAAAUUACAAUUUUGUUAAAUUUCAGCUCGAAUUUCAGAACAGCUGGGGAAUUUCAAUUAUUUUCAGUUUUCGCAAUGAAUUUUGAUGUAAAUACUUAAAUAUGUUCAAUUAAUUUAUUUAUUUCAUAG